CCGAGAUAAUGUAGAGCAUUAAAGAAAACCAAUCUCUGCCUAAAUUACUUGUAAUUAACAUCAAGUUAAUUGCUUAUUAAUGAGCGAAGGCGUAUAUACCUUAAGCUACUACUAAUUGGAACAUUUGCAUGACGAUAUGUGGCCUUUACUGCUGCUGUUUUGCAUUAGAUAUGUACUUUCCCAACCCUCGCAGUGUCCCGAUGUGUUCGCCUACGAGACCAAGUCGGAGAGGGACCGAUGGUACGGACGUAUAACACUAGUCACCCCGGAGACGCUCAACGGGGUGUGGGUGACAAUCGAGUUGGACUCGCCGGCGAUACUGCUCGGGUUGCAGAAUUGGUUCGGGGAGUCCACCACGGAGAACAAUUUGGAUUUCGUGAUCAAAAAUCGAAAUCAGGUGUUGAGGGCGACCGAUGAUCCUCUCUCCAUACGGUUCUUUGUACGUUUCGAUCCGAAGGAGGGGGUGCCGAGCGUGGUACGAAUUAAGUUAAACGGUAGAGUAAUUUGCGGUGGCCCCGAUGCGACUACACCCGCCCCAGUUUUGCAUAUAAGUAAUAUUCGAACGAAAAUGACCACCCCCCGCCAAAUAACUACGGAGGACGACUUCUUCGCGGGCGAUUUCUCGCCGACCCGACAGCCCAUUGUGAUACCGCCGAAGCCGCAGCAGACCGCCGAGGGUUGUGGCACGGUCAAGAUCGAGGUGCGCCCCUUAAUCACUUACGGGCAGAGCACUACGGAAGGCGAAUGGCCGUGGCACGCCGCUCUCUAUCGCUACAAGGGCGCGAACAUGCAGUAUCUGUGCGGGGGAAGUUUAAUUUCGCGCAAUCACGUAGUGACCGCCGCGCAUUGCGUGACCAAGUCCAAGACGAACAUCAUCAUCAAUCAGGAGCUACUACUCAUAUAUUUAGGAAAAUACAAUCUGUAUAAGCAAGAUGGGGGCGUACAGAACAUGGGGGUCAGCAAAAUAUCGAUUCACCCUCAAUACAACGCCUCUUACUUACAUAACGACCUCGCAAUCCUACACCUAGAAAGACCCGCCGAAAUCACCAACUUCGUACGGACGGUCUGCCUCUGGGAGGAAGAGUUGGAGCUGAGCGUGAUCAUCAACCGGCUAGGCACGGUGGUCGGAUGGGGCUUCGACGAGUCCGGCGACGUCACCGAAACACUGAUGCAGGCGAAAAUGCCAGUCGUCUCGACGGAAACGUGCAUAUUUUCGAACCGAGACUUUUUCUCGCGCUUCACCUCCGACAAGACCUACUGCGCCGGAUUUCGUAACGGCACCUCGGCGUGUACCGGAGAUUCGGGCGGGGGAAUGGUCUUCUCCAAGCAGGUCGGCGGUGGCACCGUGUGGCAACUGAGAGGCGUCAUCUCGCUCAGCGUCGCCUUGCAAAAUGAGAAGGUCGUGUGCGACACCUCGAACUACAUCGUAUUCACGGACGUCGCCAAACACUUAGACUGGAUUCGUUCGACUAUUACUAGCUAGUUUUAUUCUCUUUUAUACAAUUAAUGAGUCAAUACAUGUUUGCCCUUUAA